AUGCCAAUGUGCGGUGGUGUUGGUGCUGCUCGCGAACCUUCUGCCGAAGAGAAAGAAAAACUUGGAAAACUGCUGGACAAGCAUCUAGAAACUCACCUUGGACGUAAACCCCAGAAAUAUGAUAUUCUGCAAAUAUCUAGUCAAGUAGUUGCAGGAACAAACCACUUCGUGAAAGUGAAAGUUGAUGACAGUGAAUACAUCCAUGCGAAAAUAUUCGAACCACUGCCAUGCCAUGGCACUGAAAUGAAACUACAUUCCAUCCUCAAGGAUAAGAAAGAGCAUGAUGCCUUAACAUAUUUUUGA